AUGGCAACCUCCAAAACCGCAGUCGACGCCAUAUCGGCUUUAAUGGACCAGGCCAACAGGUUCGAAGCCAUGACAGUGCAUCUCGCCAAGUCCCCAGACUUUGCUGCCGAACAGGCGGACAAAAUCGUUUACUGGGCCACAAAACUGAUCACGGCGGUCACCGACAUUAAAAAUCAAACCCAGAAGGAGAACGUGAUACGCCAGAAACAGCUGGACGAGAAACUUCUCCAACUGAAGGCAGAGGCUGAUACAAAAAAGCGAAAACUGACGGAAGCCAACGAAUUGAGAUCGUCACGGACGAUCAGGGCAAACUUCCGGUUGAUAUUCGGGCCACCAAGGCCGCCAGGAUACAAGAGCAGGGCUGCUGCGGCAGCGAUGGAGACAAGUUGUCACAGGAUCAAGAUCAUUCGGAACCUAUGCGAGAAAUACCCCGACGGCGUGAUCAGCCUUUCCGCGUCAUACACUUCUAAGGUUUGGAUCGAGGGAAAUUCCUCCAUCUUCAGCGGUAUUAUCCGGCAGGUCAAAGAGGAGAAAGAGCAAGCCUGGCCGGAGGCUAUUAUCGAUAUCAUGAAUGAAUUGGAAAUCGAGAGGCCCAUGAGUGAUGAAUUUAAAAGUCUGCGCAGUAUGUUUGACUUGUAUACCUCCCAGCGCCUGACUGAUCCUUCGGCAGGCAAGAUUUCCCAACGUCUGGGCCGACACCGACGUCAAAGGACAACGGACCCUACCUUCCAACUUCCGAGCCUACGGCAGAUGGGAAUCGUUUCAUCGUCGCGUAGUUCCGAGCUGGUCCAUACUCCUCCCAUCCAACCAAUCCAAACAGCUGCAGGGCCAUACCCAGACUCAAUCAAAACUGAUCGUCGCGGUGCAAUUCCCGCAUGCCAAUCGCAUCCUGAGGCGAAUGCAAGUCAAACUCCGGCCAGAUCCAGCCGGAACAGAGAGGAUGGCUGGAGUCCACAGCCGCCAUCGAAGGAAAAUAGGGGUAAGACGAAAAGUUUAAUCAUGCCUAUCAUAUUACUAACCCAUGCUUAG